AAAGUCCCAUGAUGCUUAGCGAGAAAAUGGCUGACUGAGAAUGACACACGGGGUGUUGUAUCCAGAACUUGCUAUAUUUUUUUUCUAAUUAAUACAUUCCUCGUAGAAAUAUAGACUUGAGAACAUAGCUUGUGUCGUUCGAGUGUUUGAUGUAAACGAUGUGUUCUUGAAUCACGGAGGCAGAAGCUGGAUUUGUGUUUUUCAUUGUCUCGAUCCUGACAGGUGUUUUUAACCUCACGACAUGGCCACAGUAGCAGCCAGACGCGAGGGGCCGCAGUUCAUCAGCGAGGUGGCGGUCAGAGGAAACAGCGCCGUGCUCGACUACUGCCGCACGUCCGUGUCCGCGCUCUCCGGCGCCACCGCGGGCAUCCUCGGCCUAACCGGACUCUACGGCUUCGUCUUUUAUUUCCUUGCUUCUUUCCUGCUGUCCUUGCUCCUGAUUCUCAAAGCCGGUCGCCGAUGGAACAAGUGCUUCAAAUCUCGACGUCUGCUGUUCACCGGGGGCCUGGUGGGCGGCCUCUUCACUUACGUGCUGUUCUGGACGUUCCUCUACGGAAUGGUGCAUGUGUACUAAAGGGACUCGGAGUCUACAGCAGUAUGAUAGAGAAUAUGCCGCAGGGCAGAGAGUGCUGAGUGAUGUACCACAGAUUUUCUCCGUGAGCUUGCUUGUGUUUAGCCAAUAAAAUAUUUUCUCAGUACUAACUGCACUGAAAUUUAGAUAUUUAAAAAUGGUGUGUUGUCAUAUUCUUUCCAGUUGUAAUUUAAUAUUUUCCUAAUGCUUAUUCCAGGGCUGGGUUUGGAUUUAGCAGAGCGGCCCAACAGGGAUGCUUUCUGUGUAUGAUGUGCAACACUUUGUUAACUCCAGCCAUAAAAUGUAUCAAUUACAUUGUUUUAUUUCGGAUAUUUUGAUGAAAAUAAACCAUUAACCUCAUGGA